AUGCCACCCGAGUCCACGAGCAAUGUUCUCCUUACCGCUGAAGCCCCACCUCAUAAGCUUCAUCGCGUUUCACAGCGGGCACAAAUCGCGAGGUCCCGCACGUUCUUCGCCGAGGUCAAUCUCUUCAGGGCCAUCCUACACGGCCAGCCCUUUUGGCUGGGGAUUUCGCACGGAUCCGCUCCUGAGUUCCGCAGGGUCUGACUCGCACUAGCCUCGUGGUGUUGGAUCAUACGGAUUCCACGGUGGACACGAGAAGAAGUUGA